UAAGUACCAUUUGAUUUGGCCGAAUGAUGUGGUUUAGAUAGUUUACACUAUACAUGUUCUUAGGUUCUAAUUUUGAAAACAGAACAUAGGUCCGCAGAAACACGUCAAGCAAUGUUUUGUAGGGAUUCGAGUUGGAGCACGGUCCCGCGGUGGUGUAUUUGGAAGCUUUAUUAAAGAAUUUUGUUAGAGCAAGUGCUUUCUCAGUUUUGAACUCAGGAAGAGAAGAGAAAAACAAAAGCCUUAAAGGAGAAAAAAAAAUUGCAAAACCUUUGCAACUCUCUAAUCACUGCAACAUCCUCUCUUUCUCAUGGAUUACCUUAAAUCCGCGCUUCCUUCUCAAAUAAUGUCAGAACGUGGCUCCAAUCUAGUUGUUAUCAACCCAGGUUCUGCAAAUAUUAGGAUUGGCUUGGCUUCACAGGAUGCCCCUUUUAACAUUCCUCAUUGCAUUGCUCGCCAUACCAAACAAGUUCCUAAGAGGAAUGUUAUAGAUCAGAUGCUUAAUAGUCAGGUUACAACUGCACAGCACAUGGACAGGGAAAAGGCUUAUGAUGUUAUUGCAUCAUUGUUGAAGAUACCAUUUUUCCCUCGUAAGAUGGGACGUGUUGAUGGACUUAAUCCUCAUAUUAUCAGGAAAGAUUUACCCUUCACUUGGACUAAUGUCUAUGAGGAGGCCACCAAUUCAUCUGUAUCAUUAGAGACUUCAAGUAAAGAUGAGACUGGUGAGUCUUUGGAUCCAAAAGAAGGUACAGAUUCAAAGGAACUUAAUGCAAGUGAAAGAAAAUUCAAAGAGUUCAUUUGUGGUGAGGAAGCAUUAAGAAUAUCCCCAAAUGAACCGUAUUAUUUAUGUCGUCCAAUCCGCAGAGGACACUUGAACAUUUCACAACAUUAUUCCAUGCAGCAGGUACUGGAUGACCUACGUACUAUUUGGGACUGGAUUUUAAUAGAGAAACUGCACAUACCACGCAAUGAAAGAAAUAUGUAUUCUGCUGUUCUUGUGAUGCCAGAAACAUUUGACAAUCGUGAAAUAAAGGAAAUUCUAUCUCUAGUACUGCAAGAACUCUGCUUUGGCUCAGCAGUGGUACACCAGGAAGGUCUUGCUGCAGUUUUUGGAAAUGGAUUAUCAACAGCAUGUGUUGUGAAUAUUGGUGCUCAGGUGACAUCACUUAUAUGCAUUGAGGACGGUGGUGCUCUACCUUCAACUGGAAAGACUUUACCUUUUGGUGGUGAGGAUAUAUCAAGGGGCCUUCUCUGGACCCAAAGACAUCACCAGACUUGGCCACAAAUUCGUACAGAUGUUUUGACAAAGCCCAUAGAUCUGUUAAUGUUAAAUCAACUUAAAGAGACAUAUUGUGAAAUCAAGGAUGGGGAACUUGAUGCCGUUGCAUUAGUUCAUUCGUAUGAGGACAAAGUGUCACCUGGAUCUCACAAGACAAGGCUUACUGCUCUUAAUGUUCCUCCUAUGGGAUUGUUCUAUCCAACACUUUUAGUUCCCGAUGUGUAUCCUCCUCCUCCUCGUACUUGGUUUCAUGACUAUGAGGAUAUGCUUGAAGAUACAUGGCACAUUGACUUUUCCCGGAGGUCUGAUAUGUCAGAUACUUUCUAUCCCAAUGUUAAUGGAGGAUUACCAAUGUGGGAAAGCUAUCCAGUUUUUUCAACUAAGCCUAAAAAAGAAGAAAAAGUUGGCCUUGCAGAGGCUAUUACUAACUGCAUUCUCUCAACUGGUCGCAUAGACAUCCAGAGAAAACUAUUUUGUAGCAUACAAUUGAUUGGCGGUGUGGCUUUGACAAAUGGUUUGGUUGCAGCAGUAGAAGAAAGAGUUUUGCAUGCCAUUCCACCAAAUGAAGCAAUUGAUACUGUGGAGGUUCUACAAUCAAGGACAAAUCCAACGUCUGUGUCUUGGAAAGGCGGAGCGAUUCUUGGCGUACUCGAUAUAGGUAGGGACGCAUGGAUAAAUCGAGAAGAUUGGAUUCAUAAUGGGAUCCAUGUUGGAAGUAACAAAAAGUACAAGGAUUCAUAUUAUCUUCAAGCUCAAGCCAUGUGUUAUAUGAAUUCUUAAGAAGCUGAUGAGACACUACAACGAAAACAGAAAAAAAUAAUAAAAAAGAUGUUUGAAAUAAGAUAGUUGGGUGCUCACUACAUGGGUUACAAUUGCAUAUUAAAAGUUCUUUGCUGUUUAAACAAUUAUUUGAAAUCUAAAUCAAAUGAAUUUAAAGAGUUUAAAAUUUAGAUUUUGA